ACUCUGCCUUUCACUCUUUUUCUGCCACACCAUUACCUCUCUUAUAUUUAAAGCCAAAGAAGCAUAAAUACAGAAGCGGAAGGACAGAGCCAGACACACUGGCCGGUCUCUAAACUUUAGCUAGUGAGACUGAAACUUCACAGGAUCGUUCACAAGAAAGCAGGCAGCUUUUUGAUCCAAAAACAAGCUAAAGAAAGCAGAGAGAAUUAAUUAGAUGGAGACAACAAAGAAGAAAAUUGAAUCAUCAGCUGGACAGGUGCUGGAUGGUUCAGAUAUAAUGGAGUUGGUUGGGAAUGAGGAGGUGUUUAGCAACUUCGUGGAUCAUAAGUUUCAUGAGUUGGAUAAGGACAGAGAUGGUCAGCUAUCUGUGAAGGAGCUUCAACCUGCUGUUGCUGAUAUUGGUGCUGCUCUUGGCUUGCCUGCUCAAGGCACUUCCCCUGACUCUGACCACAUCUACUCUGAGGUUCUAAAUGAGUUCACACAUGGCAAGCAAGACAAAGUGAGCAAGACUGAGUUUAAAGAAGUUCUUUCAGACAUACUAAUAGGGAUGGCUACCGGUUUGAAACGUGACCCUGUAGUAAUCCUUCGUAUUGAUGGAGAAGACCUCCUGGAGUUCAUCAAUGGCCCAAGUUAUGAAGCAGAGAUGGUUAACAUAUUUUCAGAGAUAGAAUUUCCCAAUGGAUCGCUCCAUGAUUACUUUAUUAAGGCUUUGGGAAAACUCACGGUUGAACAAGGGAUGCCUCCACCUUCUGAUUCUUGGGUCGUGAGCAGCGUUGUGGAACCAGCUCUGCAGUCCUGCGCUGGACAUAAUCACGACAAACCCAUCUCCCAGGAGACAUUUCUGGUGGAAUUUAAGAAAGUGGCGGAGAACGUGGCUCAACAUCUCAAAGAGCAGCCAGUGAUUGUCGCUCAUACUGAGAACACGUUCGAUGGAAGUGGCAUCAAGAGACUAUUAUCCAACAAGUUCGAAUUAGAGAAGACACUGAAUGCAGCCAUAGAAAAUGUGCCAAAAGAUCGCAACGGAAAACUGCCCAAGGAGUACUUGCUCGUUGCGCUUGAUGCUGUAGCAUCAUCUGCUGGUCUACCUCCAAUCGGAGCAGUUGAUCAGAUCGACAAGGUUAUUACCGAUGUGUUCAAGAUGAUUGACGCUGAUGAUGGGAAGGCUGUUAAAGAAGAUGAAUUCAAGAAGUUGUUGACUGAAAUUCUUGGGGGCAUCAUGCUGCAAUUAAGGGGCAAUCCCAUCUCAAUUUCUUCAAAUUCGGUUGUGCAUGAGCCUAUUGCCUCAUCUUCCACACUUUUGCAGCCAUCUUCCUAGUUAUAACCGGGGGUCUUGAUAUAAAGCAUAAAGCAUAUAUAUAUAUAUAUAUAUAUAAUCACUAAGUUAGUGUUGUCCUGUAUGAUUCGCUUGGUUUUGCAUCUAUGGCAUGAGAUGUAGCUGAUAGGGUUGUCAAUGAUCAUCCACCCACCCUCUCUUGGUGUCAUUGAUCUCUUCUAUGUGUACUUUUGGCUCGUGUUAUUAAUCAGUUCUUGACAUACUUCUACA